ACUUUGAAUUUGCCACCAAAAAAGUUUCACAAUUAUUUUCUACAACUUAUAACCACUUACUGGUCUUAGGACCCCUCUUCGAUUUGGUCACUCCCCCCAACUACGCCCCUGUGGCGCCUCCUGUGGUUAGAAGCAACGUUUGGCUUUUGUUUGGGUUUGUUGUUGCUCCGUUCGCUGCCCGUUGCCCGUUGCCAGUUGCCAGUCCGUCAGUCUGCGCUGGUUCCCGCUGGCGUGGUGAAGUGUCCGCUCGCGCUCUUGUUCCCGUUCCCGUUCCCGCUCUUGCUCUUGCUUUUCCCGCAAACCGCUUCCGCCGCCGCUGGCGCUACUAGCACACAUACAACUACAACUAAAACUGCCGCUCCGGCAGAGAAAAUGCGCUGGCAGUUGUUGCAGCUCCAAACGCUCCAAAAACGCUCCCAGGCGCACCAAGAUCUCCAAUAAGAAGCGACUCUUCCAAGUGGAACGCCACGAUGCCACCGCACAAAUGGACGGAUGAGUCGCGGGACGCCUCUUGCUACUACGAGGAUGCGGCCGCUUCCCGCUUCCGCCGGCCGUCGUCCUCCUCCAACUCCUCCGCCACGGCGGACCGCUCCGAUGAUGAGGCGGAUGAUGAACGGGAGGCGUUCUGCUCCGGCGAACGACCGCUAAUCCGCUCCAGCGACGCAGGGGAGGAGAACCAUGGCUGUGGCCCAAAGACACGUCACAUUUUCGGAUUCAUGGGCUUCCUGGGAUUCGCCGUCGUCUAUGCCAUGCGGGUCAACCUCUCGGUGGCCAUUGUGGCCAUGGUCAACCAGACGGCCAUCCCGCACAGCAACUCAUCGGUGAUAGAUACGGACACCUGUCCGCUGCCGCAGCCCAAUCACAAUGGCAGCGAUCCGAAUCCGCAGAAGGAGGGCGAGUUCGUGUGGGAUGAGGCCACGCAGGGAUUGGUCCUCGGUAGCUUCUUCUAUGGCUAUGUACUGACCCAAGUGCCCGGCGGACGGAUGGCCGAGUUGUAUGGCGGCAAGAAGAUCUACGGCUAUGGAGUGUUGGUCACGGCUAUAUUCACACUCAUCACCCCGCUCGCCGCUCACUGGGAUCUACCGCUGCUGGUGCUGGUCCGCAUCCUGGAGGGAAUGGGCGAGGGCGUCACCUAUCCGGCCAUGCACGCCAUGCUGGCCCACUGGAUACCGCCGCUGGAGAGGAAUAAGUUCGCUGCCAUUGUCUAUGCGGGCUCCAAUAUAGGCACUGUCAUUUCCAUGCCCCUGGCCGGAUGGCUGUGCUCUCUGGACUUCCUGGGCGGUUGGCCAUCGGCCUUCUAUAUCUUUGGUCUGCUUGGCAUCUUGUGGUUCGUUGCCUGGAUGUAUCUGGUCUACGAUAAGCCCAGCGAUCAUCCGCGCAUCUCGGUUUCAGAGCGAGAGUACAUCGAAAGGAGUCUGUUGGCUCAGAGGCUGAUAAACCAUGAAUUGGGGGAUCCGGAGGAGGAAGAGGGACAGGACCAGGAUGAAGCAGGUGUGAGGAGGCCGUCGGAUGAGCCAAUACCCUGGUCGUCGCUGCUCACCUCGGUGCCGCUGUGGGCCAUUCUGCUGACCCAAUGCGGUCAGGGUUGGGCCUUCUACACGCAGCUCACCGAGUUGCCCACCUACAUGAGCAACAUCCUGCACUUUGACAUCCAAUCGAAUGCCCUGCUGAAUGCCGUACCCUAUCUAACGUCCUGGUUUGUGGGCAUCGCCUGCUCCGCCCUGGCCGAUUGGAUGCUGGCCAAGCGGUACAUAUCCCUCUUGAACUCCUACAAACUGUGGAACACGGUGGCCUCGGUGGUGCCGUCGUUGGGCUUGAUUGGCAUCAUUUACGUGGGCUGUGACUGGGUGUGGGUCACCUUUAUGCUGGCCGGCGUGGGAUCCUUUGGAGGAGCCGUCUACGCUGGCAACCAGAUGAAUCACAUUGCCCUCAGUCCCAGAUAUGCGGGCACCAUGUAUGGUAUCACCAACUCGGCGGCCAAUAUCUGCGGCUUCCUGGCGCCCUAUGUCAUCGGCCUGAUAAUCAACCAUCGCGAGACGCUGACCCAGUGGCAUCUGGUCUUUUGGCUGGCGGCGGGCUUGAAUAUUGCCGGGAACUUCAUCUACCUGAUCUUCGCCAGCGCCGAGGAGCAAAGCUGGUCAAAGGCACCACCCACACGCAUCUCACGAUCCCUGCGCGCUUGAAGCCAGCAAAACUAUGCGCUAUUUUAGCUAGAUCAUAAGCAUUUGUGAUAAUUCCGAUAUAUAUACAUAUAUGUCCUACAUGUUUAGGUGGGCUCGAUGUUUCCCAGUUACAGUUAAGAUGUGGCUUCCAAAAAAAAAACAAAAAACGAAACUAGUGCUACCAAAUCGAAAUGGGAAAUCGAAAAAGAUGUUAACUGUUUUAGUGUAUUACAAACGUGUAUCGUUCUUUUAUAAGGAUUUUUGUUUUGCUAGGCGUCUUUUUUGUAUACCAGUGUACCAAUACCAACUAUAUAUAUUUAUAUAUCUAAGAUAUACACGCUCGAAGGCACUUACAUAGAACUGUCGAAAUAAACAGCACAAU